GACCUUGAACGGUGUAAAUAUGGAGUUGUAGUGCUUCAGUGUACACUGCGACGUCGCAGUGGCAACUGCUAUAACAACUGCGACUUAGGUCCAACAGGUCACUUUGCCUUUCAGAUGUCCACCUUAGCAGAACAGCUCCCUGGUACUCAAGCGGAUGGAUCUCCUGCUGAAGAUAGUUCUGGUAUAUGCAGAUCCCUUGCUUUCCUUACUACGGGCACUGCAGUUAGCGCGAAAUACCGGGGAGCUUACUGCGAGGCUACAGUAGAUCAAGUUGAUCUGAGAUUUCGUUUGCGCGUUCAGUUGAAAGGGGAAAAGAAUGUUUUCACAGUGGAUCAAAAUGGUUUGAUGUCCGGAGAACCCAAUCCAGGCUCUGAAGUCAUUGUCAAAGUCCCACUUUCCGGAACCGUACGGCAUCCGGGAUCCGCUUCUACGCUUGUAGAACGUACCGCAACCGUCCUGCGAGCUUAUGACACGAGCUUAUAUACAGUUGUGUUUGAUGAUGGAGAUAAGAGGACACUUCGUCGCACACAACUCGUGCUGAAAGGAGAACGUCACUUCAAAGAAAGUGAGAGCCUUGAUUGUUUGCCACUCACUAAUCCAGAACAAUUUCGGCAACCAGUGAUUGACCAACGAAAGCAUCGUCUGAGCGAAGCAGACCUGCAAGACAUAGAAGAUGAGCUACAUGACUGCGGUGAGGCGGAGAAGUGCGCUACUGACGUAAACACCACUGGCACUUCACGGGUAGCUGUGGCUGAAUGUGUUGAAUCCAACUCAAAUCAACUCACAGCUGCAUCUGCUUCAUCUGUACUCGCUGAUGGAACCCAGCAGCAUGCGGUCCUCAAAGAACUGGCGAGUUCUCAUUCCCAUACCACCGAAAAAUCGCCUAAAUGCGAUCCAGUUUGUACACCUCUGUACAGUCGCUUCCUUGGCAAGCUGGUGUUGGUGAAUAUGCCGAUCGGCACCAAAGACCUUGCCAGCUUGCCUUCUAACCUCAACGACACCAAUGUGAGCUCAAACAUCUCGGUCAAUUCGGAUUCCGCCUCGCGUCGCCGAUUCACUCCCGGUCUAGUCGUGCUACCUACGGCGAUGCCCGGCAUCGAUCUCAGACCAGUGUCUUUUGUUCGUGGGAAGCGCACGAAGUCGCCUGUCCUCUUGGUUCGUUCCUUCAGAGAUAAUCGUUUUAUGCCUGUUCCUUCACGUUAUGCAAAACGGCUGAAGCGACCUCGAGCAGUGGAACUUGCUCACGCGCAUCCUUCACUUCGUAAUGCGUUCGAACGCGCUCUGUUGUGGUUGGAUCGGUACGAGCUUCCUGCCUCUUGGGGCGAAGAUGCAAUGCAAACUCUGUUGGGUACAAAAAACUGGCGGGCGGCCAGGCGUGAGUAUCAUAAAUCUCGGAGUUCCCAUCCUCACAGUGAAAGAGCAUCAAGGAAGCGGCUUUAUGUAAACUCUUCGGAAAUAACUUCAGGUGAAGAUAGCCAUGGUCUAUCACCACCGAUUUCGUCCCAGAUGAAUUCUAAUCUUUCAGCCUCUCGCAAGCAAACCUCGACUCCAAGGAAGAGUGUAGGUUCUAAGACCGCUGCUCGUAAACGCGCCAGAGUCUCUAAUACUGUCGGAAGUUUACUAAAGAAGAGGGAACCAAAACGCCUCAAACUCAGACGGACUUCAGGAAAGAAGUCAUGUUCAUCUAAUGGGGAUAGUGACUCGGAGCCUACGAAGCAUACUGGUAACAGACAGCACUUGUCUACUUCAAAACGGGUAUCUAAAAAUAAGCUCCAUUGUUCCGAUGACUCUGGCUCUGAUUCAUCUUCUUCGUCAUCGGACAAUGAUCUCCAACCCUCCGAUUCUUCUUCAACACAAAGUUCCGACAGUUCUUCAUCAUCGGAGCCUGUUUCUUCGUCCUCAUCUCCCUCAUCGGUAGAUUUUGAGGCACGUGAUCGCUGGAUCGCUCAAUUGUAUCGAUUCAUGGAUGAGGGAGGUACCCCCAUUAACAAAGCACCAAGUCUUGCAAACAAAGACCUAGACUUAUAUAAGCUCUAUAGACUGGUUCGCGAUCUUGGUGGAUUCCAUCGCGUCACUGCACAGCUUAAGUGGGGUUACAUUUACUCCAAGCUACGCUUACCGCACAAUUUUACCGCCGGCCCACGAAAUUUGCAAGCUGCGUUCAAAAGAUAUCUCUAUCCUCUGGAUGACAUCAGCCGCAAAUUAGGUACAGAUCUCGACGCUCUGCCCCUUUCCCGUCCCAGGCACGCGGCUCCAUCUACUUCGUUUACAAACAGCGGUUCAAAGUCGUCUACGGUCGUAUGCCGUGGUGCGAAUUCUGCUGCCUUGUCAACCGCAGCCAAGUCAUCAUCGUCGGAGAUCAAACCAAGCGAUAAGUCUUCUGGAACAAAACCUGUUCUCACUGCCACCGAAAGAUUGCCUGUCUGCGAGACAUCGAUGGAACGUACCUCAGAGCGAACCAUUGAAUCUUCCCCGCCUGUUUUGAGCCCUCCCGUUUUAGGAUGCACUCCUUCUCCGUCUGAUGAUUGGGCCUCCACAUCGAUGGAUUUGACUCCACUUAAGGGUGCACGUAGGCAACAAAUAUCGCAGUCUGAGAAGCAACCAAAGUGCGAACCAGAAGACGGAAGCGGAUCGGCCGUCACCCACAUUGACCGUAACACAAAAAAACGGAAUCUUGCCCCAACGACCGACAAACAUUCGACUGAUGCACCGCCAAAGAAUGCAUCUGCCAUCAACCCGAUAUCCUCCGACUCUUCCUCAUUGUCCGGUAGUUCCGUCGUCUCUGCUCACCCCGAAAAGAAAACGAACCGAUCAAUUCGUGCCAAUCGUAUGCCGUUAUUCCUCAACUUACCUGAUGAUUUUGGUACCUUAAGUGAUCAGACCGCAUCGACUAAUCUGAAUCAGGUUAUCCCUGUGGGUUCUCGAGUCCGUGUGCGUUGCGGAGACAGAGUCGCUUAUGAAGCCAAGGUGUUGAAGCACAUCCGCCCGCAGGCAGGACUGGCCGUCGGCAGAGGAGCUGAGAGUUCUUUCACAAACACUUGGUCUGAGCCAACCGAGCUGCAAUAUCGAGUGCACUAUUUGGGAUGGAACACUCGUCACGAUGAAGUAGUUUCACGAUCACGUAUCGUUUCAGUCAUUGAAUGGGCCCACUCGGCAUACGGAGAGAGGGCUCCUUCAUGCUCGUCCCUCAACAUUGUGGUGCAGCAGUCCCGAAAAGCCGGCCGCAAUGGCCACCGAAAAGCACUAAGCACAUCGACAUGCAUGGAAACGCAAGGUCAUAUAGGCUUAUUUUCUGUUACCCAACCGAAGAAUGGCAACAAUGCGACCACAUCCUACACUAGACGGUUGACUAAGGAAGGUGACAUUGAAGAGGAUGGCGAAAGUGAUCUCAGCCACACUACUGAAACCGCUUCGGACAUUGUGACCACGUUGGCACCGAUGGUCCGACGCCGACGAUCGGCAUUUGAUGCUGGUGAUGUGACGCGCAAACGAUCGAAAAUGAAACCCGAAUCCACAAAGGCUAAGGCUAAGCACUCAUCCCCGAAUGUCAGCAAUGAUGGUGCAUUUGAUUCCGCGAAAUCGCAUGUGAACGAGCCUGAAAAAGUGGUUGUUAAACGUGAGACUGACUCACCGGGUCCCGACAAAUCGGAACCGAAUGACUCGAGUGGUGUUACAUUAUGCGCCCGACGAGCAUCGAGGUCGGGAGCACUAUCCAAACGAAUAAAACCCACACCGUAUCCCAAUAUAUCAGGUACAGAGUCAUCUGAAGUAACCCAAUUAAAAGAUGUCCAAACAGCUGCGAAGCCCCCUCAAUCGCUGCAGCCCAAGGUGGAUGAGUCCGGAUUCAGCGUGGAUUCCGUCAUAGCCAGAAAGGCCAUGAAUGUAGUAGACUCUGGCGCUACAGUUAACACUUCCGACGCCAAACGUAUGGAAGACAAAAGCACUGUGUCGAACCUCAAACGACAGAAGACCAAACUAGGCUUGUCACUUCGUGGUCACAAACGGCUCCUCCCCUCAACUGGCGAAAAGAUUCGUGCUCUCAUGAAUCAGUCUUUCAAGCGUUCUGCGCGUAAGAGAGGCGCCCAAACAUCAUCAGCCAUCACCGGAAACUUGUCUUCAGGCAAUGCUAACGCGGAGUCCAGUUGUUCAUCCAAUUCAAUUCAGACUUCGAAAUCUGCAGAUAGGAAGUGCCAGUCGGAUAUUGCUUCCAGACGGCCCAUCGCCACAAAUUGCGCUACUCCUGCCGCGUCUGAUCACAGUCGGAAGAAACUCGAUACAGAGCCGAACCCUAUGAAACUCAAGGCGGAUAUUGAUAAAGAAGAUACAAACAGUCCAGAGAACAGUGUCAAAUCAGUGACAGCCCGCCCAACCCCACCUCGCAAGGAAUCCGCUGUUAGCGAAACCAUAAGUAGCAAAAGGACGGUGGCACAAAAAAUUCGAGCAUGCCGGGGUGCCAAAACGGAAGGAGAAUCCUCAACAACAAGCGAGCCACUCCAUCGUAAUCUGAAGCCGUCCACUCUCGCAACCUUAGACCAUAGUGGUAGCUUUGACAUUAAAGAUGAGUUUAACGGUGCUUCGAACCAUCGUACAGUGCAACGGUCUUCCCAUUCUCAGCGUUCGCGCUCUACAGCACGCAAACUCACUUUAGAUUUGAAAGACAAAUCCACUGGGCGACAGUCGGGGCCAGCUAGAAAGUCAGCUCGUUCUGCUGCCUCGGAUGUUGAUAGUGGUUCAGAUGACUCCAAAUUGUCAAGCAGUCAUUCCGGGGACACCGACAGUUCGGAAUCAGGAUUCGGAGCCAUCGAUGCCCUACCACGGCUUACGCGCAAUCAACAUCGACAACUUUUGGGGGACACACCACCAGGUGCUGCGUUGCAGACUGCGUCUCCUGUAAGCACAGGUUCUGUGCCAUCGGUUGCCGUUAAAUCAGACUCCAACUUGGCCAUCAGGGAAGCUGCUUGCACAGAGUCUAAGCCGGAGGUCAAAACGGAUACAAUCACCGUCCUACACACAGACACCUCGCAGCGGCUUUCCGCUGCUUCUGCUACUUUGCAUGAAACCUCUUUUUAUGGAAACGAAACCUCCAAUCUUUCCCCUAUUCGAACGGCUUCGUCGCGAUCGGAUUCGAUCGAUUCUCCCCAGCCAUCUCCGAGUCAACCGGAUCAAGUCGUGGCCGAUUCCAAGCACGACAAGAAUUCCGAGCACUCCGAUCAAUCUAGCAGUAUUUGUGCUCACACAACCCCACUUCAGCUAUCCAAGCUUCAACCUCGUACCAAGAGUUGCUCUGUGAGCGACAUUGCAUUCCCCCCACAAUCUAUGGAGCACGCUGAAGCGUCACCGAAGUUACUAAUGGAUUCUUCUUCCGGGAACGAUGAUGAACAUAGUUCGGUUCACACAAUGAGCAUAGACCCGGUGAGGGAUGUCAUGUUUGAUUUUACCAUGUCGCCCAGUGAAGGAAGUCCUCCAUCGUCCAGCGUCGCCAGUGCCAGCGCGUCGUCUAAACGAGACAUGGUGGACAUACCCUCGCAACUGACUCUGAAGGAACACGGGUACGGGAGCGAAAACGAUGACUUCGCUUUAUCUCAGUCACCCAACCAUGAACAUACUAGUGAACCACCCUUCGUGGACCACAAUGGGAGAGAGGUUGAGGAUCAUGCUGAACAACAGACUCACUCCACAACCGGAGAGAAGUGGAGGGAAGGAGACCAAACUUACCCCAAGACAAAACCACGGCCUGAUCGCGUGAGACGUGUGAGUACAAAUGAAAGUGCUGAGUAUGCUGCACGAAAAAUCGGCAAACGUGCUCCUGCUUCUGACCAUCGAUCCGCAGUCUCUGAGAAAUCACCCACGCCGAAUUUGGAUUCACCUCAUUACCCUCGAUCACCAGUGGUUCCCACGACUACAUCCACGGGCGUUAUCGGAACAGCCACUGCAUCCGUUGGUUCGAAAGGUGGUCAGCCGGCGGUGGCACCACCGACGCGACUGGCGCCAUCACAGCGACGCUUCGGUGGCCCGUUCUUUCCAAUCCCCGGGUUUGAUGAGAUGGAUUCGGAGACCAGGUGCAUCCACUUGCAGGAUCGUAUGCAUCGAAUACUUGAGGCAUGGCGAUCAGCGAAACAAUGCUUGAAAGACCUCGAUCAGAGGGCAAACCGCACUCGACGGCUACGUAUACGUCAGUCUACUACCGACGCACCACCGACCACUCCUUCGUUGAAGCAAACUACUGAGCUUGACGCCGCCACAUGCUCAACAGAUAAUAAUACUACAGAGGGUGUAUGUUCUCCCCAUUGCUUCCAGGUGCUGUGAAAUGUAUGACCCCCUCCGUUGUAUGCUGGUGUUGUGACCCCUUUAUUCUCUCCUGUUUAGUCGAUACUCACUAUAGCAUCUCACGAUGUGUAGUUUAGCAUGCUUUAUAUAUGCUUAUGGAUUAUACAAAAUCGUUUU